AUGGAGUCCCAGCCCAGGGCGGAGGAAGAGGAGGAGUGGGACUGGGGCAGCCCAGCUGGGCGGGCCCGCCUGGAGGAGGCCCAUUUCCCAGCACAGGCCGGGGCUGAAGAGAGGAGCGAGUUCUGGGCCUUUUGGGAGAGGCUGCGGCGGCACUCCCGGGGCCCAGGGUGGGUGGAGAAGGGGCCGGGAGGCGCUUGCCCCCCUCCGACCACACAGCAGCAGGAGUAUGAUGCCCGCCUGCGCAUCAACUUGCGGCUGCCGGGGCGGGCGGUGGCGGGGGUGCCAGAGGGGCGGUGGCGGGAGUUCCGCCGGGCCCUGCUCCACUUUUUGGACUUCCAGCAGAAGCGCAGUUUCUCCCGCCUGGCCCAGCUGCAGAGGGAUCGGGCCGCCUUGCCCAUGGCGCGCUUCAGGGAGCCGCUGUUGGCGGCUGUGGCCAAAAGCCCCGUGGUGGUGGUGGCUGGAGACACAGGCUGCGGCAAGUCCACACAGGUACCCCAGUUCCUCCUGGAUGCCGGCUACACCCGCGUGGCCUGCACCCAGCCCCGGCGCAUCGCCUGCAUCGCCCUGGCCAAGCGCGUGGCCUACGAGAGCCUGCAGCAGUAUGGCAGCCAGGUGGGCUACCAGAUCCGCUUUGAGAGCGCCUGCUCCCCAGCCACCCGGAUCGUCUUCCUGACGGAAGGGCUGCUUCUGCGCCAGGCCCAGCGGGACCCCACGUUGCCUGGCUACCACGUGCUGCUGGUGGACGAGGUCCACGAGCGGCACCUGCACGGAGACUUCCUCCUGGGACUGCUGCGCAGGCUCCUGCUGGCCCGGCCGGACCUGAAGCUGGUGCUCAUGUCGGCCACCAUCAACAUCCGGCUCUUUGCCGGCUACUUUGGGGGGGCCCCCGUGGUUCAGGUCCCCGGCAGGCUCUUCCCCAUCACGGUGCUGUAUGAGCCCAUCCCCCCGGAGGAGGGGGCCAGCGGGCGCAAGGAGCGGCUGGACCCCCGCCCCUACCUGCGUGUCCUCCAGGCCAUCGACCACAAGUACCCUCCGGAGGAGAGGGGGGACCUGCUCGUCUUCCUCAGUGGGGUGGCUGAGAUUGGGGCUGUGGUGGAGGCUGCCCAGGCCUAUGCCACUCACACCCAGCGCUGGGUGGUGCUCCCGCUGCACAGCACCCUCUCGGUGGCCCAGCAAGACAAGGUGUUUGAUGUGCCUCCCCCAGGAGUCCGGAAGUGCAUCGUCUCCACCAACAUUGCUGAGACGUCGGUCACCAUUGAUGGGGUCCGAUUUGUGGUGGAUUCAGGGAAGGUGAAGGAGCUGAGCUACGACCCCCAGGCCAAGCUGCAGCGGCUGCAGGAGUUCUGGAUCAGCCGAGCCAGUGCGGAGCAGCGCAAGGGGCGUGCUGGCCGGACGGGGCCUGGGGUGUGCUACCGCCUCUACUCCCAGGCGGACUAUGAGGCCUUUGCGGCCUACUCCGUGCCAGAGAUCCAGCGCGUGGCUCUCGAUGCCCUGGUGCUCCAGAUGAAGAGCAUGGGUCUCGGGGACCCCCGGGCCUUUCCUUUCCUGGAGCCGCCCCCUGCGGCCAGCCUGGAGACAGCUGUGGCCUACCUGAAGCACCAGGGAGCCCUGGACCUGGAGGAGAAGCUCACCCCCAUUGGGAGCCUGCUGGCUGAGCUGCCGGUGGAGGUGGUGGUGGGGAAGAUGUUGGUGCUGGGGACUCUUUUUGGCCUGGCUGCCCCCACCCUGACCACAGCAGCCAUCUUGAGCGUGCCCUCCCCGGUCUUACGCAGCGGCGGCAGCGGGCGCUGCGACCCUGACUGUGCUACCUCCCGGCGGCCCCUGGAGAGCCCCCUGGGGGACCCCCUUACCUUGCUGAACCUGUUUGAUGCUUGGGUGCAGGUGAAGUCCGAGAAGCGUGGUGGGUCGCGGCGCUGGUGCCGCCGGCGGGGCCUGGAGGAGCACCGGCUGUACGAGGCGGCCAACCUGCGGCGACAGUUCCAGGAGCUGCUCCGGGACCACCGGCUGCUGGAGCCUGCCACCCGGCCCAGGGACUCCUACACACGGCAGAGCCGGCUCCGGGAGCGGCGGGAGCUGCACCGGCUCAAGCGGGAGCACGACCGAGGAGAGGGCCGGCAGCGGCGCAAAGUGCUUCGCCUGCAGGAGGGGCAGGCUGGCUCUUCCUCGGGAGAAGAAGGCGGGGAGGCGGAGCGUGGCCUGGACAUCCAGAUCUUCCACACCAAGGAGAAGGCGGGGGUCCUCCUGCACCCCACCAGUGUCUUUGGCGCCUCCCCGGAGCUGCUGUGGCCAGAGGGGGGGUCCGAGCGCCACCGAGGCUCCAAGGAAGGCCUGAGCAGCCACCACCAGAUCCUGGCCUUCGUCUCGCUGCUGGAGACCAACAAGCCCUACCUGGUCAACUGCCUGCGCCUCCCCGCCUUGCAGGCCCUCCUGCUCUUGGCCCACUCCCUGGACACCAACGCCGACUGUACGCGCAUCGUGGCCGACUCGUGGCUGGAGCUGCAAGUCCCCGUGGCUGAGACUGCCCUGCGGCUGCUCUCCACUGCCCUGCGGCUCCGGGCCUCCUGGGAGAAGGUGCUGGAGCAGCAGCUGGCCUGCCGGAGGAGCCCAGCAGAGGGGGACGAGGAGCGCCGGCCCAGCUCUCGCCAAGUGGGCAUGCUCACCCAGGAGCUGCUGGCCUUCCUGCGAACAGAGGUGCAGUAUGGCCUGCGUCGGCUGAUGCCCCUGGAGCAGCAGCACCUCUACGUGGGGCCCCCGGUGGCGGCUGCAGCUCCCCCCAGCCUGUUCCAGGAGAUGGAGAUGGUGCCUGACGAGGUGAAGGGGGGCUACAAGGUCGGCGGCUUCCUGACCUUCUGCUGCCUGGCUGGCGAGGGGGACCUCUACAGCGAGUGCCUGCGCAGCUUCUGGACGUGUCCACGGUGUGGCCUCUACAUGCCCUUCACCCCACUGGAGCGCGUGGCCCAUGAAGACGCCUGCCGGCCCCCUGGCCCCGAGGCUGGCCCUCCAGAAGACGUGGUCCAGACGCCCUCUGGGGCCUCUGCUCUGCAGCGCCCUUACGACUGCCCCAUCUGCCAGCUGCAGCUGCUCCUGACGCCCACGGAGAUCCUGCGCCACCGCAAACAGCAUCAGGCCCCCUCGGAAGGGUGA